AGCCUCCCAAAAUGUUGGGAUUACAUGCGUGAGCCACCGUACCAGGCCAACACUGAUUCUGAAUCAACAUCUGCAUCCCUUCUCAUCUGUGAGAGUCCCAGCUCUCACUCCUCCUGCAGCCCUGUGGCUGUACUUGGCCCUGUACACACACCUCUAGCCCUUUCCAAGACAUUUUUUUCCUAUGUACCUGCAAAGUUGGUGACAAAUUGUCCCAUAGACUCAGCCCACUUGGAAGGCUGCUCCAGAGGCUCAGGACCCUUGCUCCGCGGGUACCUGUGACAUCACCAGUGGCCACAGUCCCUUGUGACCUCACCACCUGGACAACUCAGCCCAGUUGGGCUGCAGCCACUCCCUCCAACCGCCACAAGUAGCGGAGAGCAUAGAUGACCACAGGAGAGCCCUCGGUAGAGGCCAGUGCCACCAGCAGCCCCACCAGCAGCCCCGCACAUGGCACUUCCGGGGUCCCCCCAGGCAACGUGGCCAACAACACUUCUAAGGACAUCCCAGCAGGAGGGCCCCAAGGUCAGGUCCCACUCACAGCAGAUGUCUUGGUGGUGAGCAGCUCUGCCGCAUCCACCGACCAGCAGGAUGUUGAUCAGGCCUCCUUCCAGACGGCCACUCCCGAGGCCAUAUCAACAUCUGGGGACAAAGACAAGGGUGCAGUUGUUCCAGAACAUGACCAGAAGACACCUAGAAAAAUCACAGCCCUGCUUCCCAGCCAAAACCCAGGUCCCCUGCAAACGUCUAUGAGCCUCCAGAAUCCAACAUGGGACACACUGGUUCAAGACGCAAGGACAAGUCAAAGUCUAAUGGUUUUCCCAAGUCACCUUCUGGGUAAGGACAAGACAUCACAAACAGCAAGUGUUCCCAAGAGAGAGCCAGAGUCAGCCCCCUCUGCCCCGAGUGCUGAGCCACAGUCCACCCAGCACAUGGAGGCUCAGCUAGCCGGGAGUGAUGCUGACGAGGUCACAGCUGGUGCCGAUGGCCAGGGUGGCCCUGAGGCCACUGGCACCACCAAGGCUGCAAAGGAGAAAGCUGAGUGUCUGAAGGCCCCACGCCCUGACGCUGAAGCUUUGCCAUCCAAUGAGUCCCCGAUGGCCACUGGGGAGAACGUGGUGGACAGCUUAGGAGACCCGCAGGUUUGGUCCUUCCCUCCAUCUCCAGCAGGCAGUGUGCCCCCAUCACCUGGCCCCCACGAGGUGGCCCUGGGGAGGAGACCCCUGGAUCCCAGCCUGUACAUGGCCAGUGAUGAGAAUGACUACAUGCGCUCCAUGACCAGCCUGCUGGGCAGGGGCCAGGGCUCCAUCAGCUCCCUGGCAGACAUCCUGGUGUGGUCCGAGACCACCAUGGGCAUGGCCGUGGCCACGGGCUUCCUGGCCUCUGAACGCAGCACUGUGGCAGACCUGCUGCACAGCUCGGGGCCCGGCCUGCGCUCGGUCUCCAGCAUGCUGGGAAGCGUCGGCUCGGCAUUGUCCUCCGGGCUGGUGUGCGGGACCGGCUCAGCCCUGCGCGCCAUCGCCCAUGUGCUGGAGACGGUGGAGCAGAGGACCGUGGAGGGUGUCCGCUCAGCCAUGCGCUAUCUGACCAGCCACCUCACCGCACGCCGGGCCCAUGCUGACCCCAACUAUGAUUAGAGCCCUGCACAGGGACCCCCGAAGGGCUGGUUCAGUGGCCUCCAGAGCCCCCUGGGACCCUCACACCCUGUACCCUGGCCAACCUCUGCUCUGCACGGUUCCCCCAGCCCAUGCAAUAAAUCCCCAGCAAGCGUUUCUUUCUAA